AUGAAAUACGUUAUGGAAAACCACGCUAAACAAAAUAUUGGAGAGGCUCAAAAACGACAACGACUGUCAUAUGCAAAACGGCACAACACUGGCUAUAUAUUUAAGGAAAAUGAUAAAGUCUUGGUAAGAAAUUUAAGGAGAGAUGACCGAAAGGGUGGCUGGAAAUAUGUACCUUGGGAAGGACCUUAUACUAUUGUAUCCAUUAACAAAGGAAAUACGUGUACGUUAAAAUCCAAACACAAAAUUUUAGCAAAAAAACAACAUUUAAGUAACCUUAAAUAUUUUAAAGAAUCUUCUAACACUAAUGGAGUUGACUUAAAAAAUAAUGUCGAAGAAAAAUUAAUAGGAGAAAACGAUGAAAAUAUGAAUGAAGGAGUUAAUGAAGACUUCAACGGAGGGUUGUAUACAAAAUUAAAUACGUUAAAAGUCGAAGAAGUUGGAAAAAUAACACUUAAAGGACUAACAAAUAUAAUGGAAGGAGAAUUAGACGAAGAUAAAGAAAAACAAGUAAUUAAUGAUAUGGUCGAUAAUGAUGAUGACGUGGUGUGUACGAGCGUUUCAGUAGUUGAUAAACGUCGUCGGGUGUUCAAUCCAGUUGCAAAACCAUGGCAGAUUCUAAAAUGCGCACAGUUAAAAUUAAACCUAACUGAAGUACUGAAAUUUAAAGGAAGAGGAAAAUUUUUAAGCAAACCAGCAGAAACAAAAAAGAUUAUAGGAGAUGGUAAUUGCCUAUAUAGGGCAUUAUCAUACUGGAUAACGGGAACAGAAGACAAUCAUAUGGAAAUACGUAAACGUAUUGCUGAGGUGGUUAAAACUAAUAAAAAUAUCAACAACUAUAUUGGCGGGGACGAUGACAUUAGUAUUUAUUUAGAAAAAAAUAAAAUAGAUAAUGAUGGUAAGAUUUAUUAUACUAACUUUUCCAAAUACAAAACCAAAAAUGCAAUAGAAUUAUCAAGAACUAAUUAUUUCUUAUAUUUAUUUUUAAAAACAUUUUGUGUAAUGUAA